CGGGGACGUCAAUUUUUAUAUUCUCGUACGAAAUAUAUUAAAAACAACAACAACAACAACAGGGAAGCCUGUGCUUUUGUAUUGUCGUCGUUUACGAAACCUUCGACAGCCUGUUGCAUCUUUUUCAUCGAAACAAAAGGGUCAAUCAUGAACUCCAUGUUAACGAUCGUUGUAUCCCUGGCGGCAGUUACAAUUUUAUUUGGAGAAAUUUUUGCUAUGCCACCGGCCCAAUGUAGUCCAGGAUUACUCGAUGAAGUACCACCAAGGGUACGAAAAAUUUGUGCUGCUCUUUCAACCAUAUAUCAACUAAGCUCAGCGAUGGAAAGUUACGUCAACGAUAAAGUUUCAGUACUUCAAGAAAACAACCCGUUGCCAGGAAGUGGUGUUAAAAGACAAGACGUUGAUCAUGUUUUCUUACGCUUUGGAAGACGACGCUAACCUAAAAAUCAACGAAAGCUACUACUAUUAAAAUGAUUCAAUGUAAAUCUACUUCUGUCCUAAAUUCACUUGUGAAAUGCUAUUAUCGUUAUCCAAUUAUGAAAUAAUACAAAUAAAAUCUAACAACCUUUCUUUUUGGUCUAUAUGUUGCAUCUAAAUUAGAUUUAUCACUUUCUUAAAUGGGAUAACAAAACGCCUAUGUAAAUCGUUGAAAAGAAAAAAAAAACAAAAAAAAA